AUGCUCCGGAGUAUGCUGCCGCGUGCGACACCGCGGGCUGCCCUCCGCACUGCCGGCCCUCAGCCCGUCCCUUCUAGCUUCGUUGCUGCUCCUUCUCUGUCCGUAUAUGGACGCUUCAGACGCGGCUAUGCUUCUGAAUCUGAGCACGAUGUGGUUAUCAUUGGUGGUGGUGUCGCUGGUUACGUCGCUGCUAUCAAGGCCGGUCAAGAAGGUCUCAAGACCGCUUGUAUCGAGAAGCGUGGACGUCUCGGUGGUACUUGCCUGAACGUCGGCUGCAUUCCCUCGAAAUCCCUGCUUAACAACUCCCACCUCUACCACCAGGUCCUCCAUGACACAAAAAAGCGUGGUAUUGAGGUGGGUGAUGUCAAGUUGAACCUCGAGCAGAUGAUGAAGGCCAAGGACACCUCCGUGGAAGGUCUCACAAAAGGUGUCGAGUUCCUGCUCAAGAAGAACGGUGUCGACUAUAUUAAGGGUACCGGUGCUUUUGUCGACCAGAACACCGUUAAGGUGAACCUGCUCGACGGCGGUGAACAGACUCUGCGCGGAAAGAACAUUCUCAUUGCCACCGGAAGUGAGGCCACUCCUUUCCCUGGCCUGAACAUUGAUGAGAAGAGAAUCAUCACUAGCACCGGCGCUCUGUCCCUGAAGGAGGUCCCCAAGAAGAUGGUCGUCAUUGGCGGUGGUAUCAUUGGUUUGGAGAUGGCUUCCGUUUGGUCCCGUCUCGGUGCCGAAGUUACCGUUGUUGAGUUCCUUGGCCAGAUCGGUGGACCUGGUAUGGACGCCGACAUCGCCAAGCAGGCCCAGAAGAUCUUGCAGAAGCAGGGUAUCAAGUUCAAGACCAACACCAAGGUCACCAAGGGUGAUGACAGCGGCGAGACCGUCAAGCUGAGUGUUGAGGCCGCCAAGGGUGGCAAGGAGGAGACUCUGGAUGCCGACGUUGUUUUGGUUGCGAUCGGCCGCAGACCCUACACCGAAGGACUGGGUUUGGAGAACAUUGGAAUUGACAAGGAUGAGAGAGGCCGCCUUGUGAUCGACCAGGAGUACCGCACCAAGCUUCCCCACAUUCGUGUCAUCGGCGACUGCACCUUCGGUCCCAUGCUUGCCCACAAGGCCGAGGAAGAGGCCGUUGCUGCCGUCGAAUACAUCAAGAAGGGUCACGGCCACGUCAACUACGCUGCCAUCCCCAGCGUCAUGUACACGCACCCCGAAGUCGCCUGGGUUGGCCAGAACGAGGCCGAGGUCAAGGCCGCUGGCAUCAAGUACCGCGUCGGUACCUUCCCCUUCAGCGCCAACUCUCGUGCCAAGACCAACCUCGACACUGAGGGCCAGGUUAAGUUCAUUGGUGAUGCUGAGACCGACCGCAUUCUCGGUGUCCACAUCAUCGGCCCCAACGCUGGUGAGAUGAUUGCCGAGGCCACUCUGGCCGUCGAGUACGGUGCUUCUUGCGAGGAUAUUGCCCGGACAUGCCACGCUCACCCUACCCUGGCUGAGGCCUUCAAGGAGGCUGCCAUGGCCACCUACUCCAAGCCCAUCCAUUUCUAG